UUUAUUCACGAAUUCUGAUUGAACUUUGUGAAAGAAACACACGAGCAGCAAAUUCUUUGGCAUAAUAAACUGAAACAUACUCUUCCACUUUGUAAAAUAAUCGUAUUCACAAUCAUACAAAAUAUAGUGAUAGUGGGGAAAUUGGAUAAUAUAAUUCGCUGAAAAUCUGUUAACUUUUAUUUCGGAAGUUUUCAAUUUUUUGCAGUUUGUGAAACGCAUCACAAUUGGCUGUAGAAGCAACAACAAUAGGAACAACUCUAUUUGCAAGUAUUACCGAUCAGCCGACGGUGUUUGUACGUGUGUAGUGUCCGCUGCCAUUUUUCGUUGCGUACGUUUGUUGUUGGUCGCCUUGUGUUGCUCGUUGUUCGUUUGCUCGACAUUCCAUAAAAAAAUCAGGUUGGUAAAGAUGAAAUAAGAAUAUCUUUCUUGCAUGCAAUUCAACUGCGGAUAUUUGACCACACCUAAUCGCACCGAAAACGGAUUUAACGUAAAAUUUGUGUGCUUGGGAUUUCACUACAUUGCAUUUACUUGAAAGGCUUGUUUCUUCAGUACUUGGAAAAGCAAAAAUCGAUUUCGUUUUAGGACUCGGGUGCUGUGAAAAGUUCGCCAGCACAAAAGUUCAUUUAGAAAAACGAGUUGGCAGGACUAUUACAAAAGAUCUAAAAUAUGGAAAAAUUAAAAAUCAAAACGAUAGGCGUGCUACGUGAACGCGAGGGUGUUACAAAUGGCAAUGGAAAUGGCGUUUGUCGUGUGAUGACACUUACCUCUGCAAUUGCUGAUAGCGGGGGUAAUGUUGCUAUCGUUACUGGCAGAGGAGAGGAUAGUAAAGACGAUGGUGGUGGAGGCGGUACCAAUUGUGCUCCAACUAACCGCGCCUCUAAUGCAGCAGCGCUUGUUCGACAAAUGCCCAAAAUGUCCGCAUUGGACUUGGCCGGCAUAAUAAAUUGUAAACGACGCUUGGAGUGGACAAAGGAGUGGUUGAAAAAGAACCAAACCGAAUUUCUAAGUAAAGAAAAUCUGCGCAAGGAGAUACAAUUCCGUAGCAAUGAAAUAUAUCAUUUCAAUUGUUUCUUCGACAUAACGGAGCGACAGUUUCGAUACUUGGUAAAUAAACUAUCACCAGUUAUAAGUUCCUAUGAACCACAUCGGAAGAAGAAAUCAUUCAGUGCAGAGGAGAGAAUCGCUAUAACACUUAAGUAUUUGGCCACGGGUGAAGUUCAUUCAUGUCGUAACUAUUGCUUCCGUGCCUCGAAACCUGUGAUACUAAAAAUGAUUGCCAAUAUAUGCCUCAAUAUAUACGAAUUACUCAAGGACCUAUUUGUAUCACUACCAAAGACUGAUGAGCAAUGGCAAAAUGUGGCUAACGAAUUCCAACGAAAGCACUGUAUGCCAAAUUGCGCCGGACAUCUGGCCAUGCAACAAAUUAGGUUCCAUUCGUCAUCACGUGUCGAGGAGCAAAUAGACUUUAUCAACAAACAACCACUCAUUUUCACAUCCAUUGUAGAUAGUAAUAAUAACUUCCUGUAUACCGAUAUCGAAAAGACCCAAGCGGUAGCUUUCGAUGAAAUCUAUGAAAAAUCCACAAUUAGACAGUUGAUUGAAACUUAUGAAGUAAAACUGCCAGUGAGUUAUGAAACAGAGGAUGGCGUUGAGCAGUCUUAUUAUUUUGCAAGUAAAUGCGGUUUGCCCCUGAAGCCUUAUCUGCUGAACGGAUCAGCCGAUGUGCCAAAAGACUCACGAGUUAAUUACAAUAAUAUCAUGAAUAUGGUUAACAGGCAUACCGAAAAUGCGUUACGAAUGCUAGCCAAUAUAUUUCCAAUAUUAUCACAACCUUUGCGCAUGGACGAGGAGAACGGACGUAAAAUAAUACUCGGUUGCGUGGCGCUGUAUAACUUCCUGCGAAAGACAGAUCGCACAUUCUAUAAGCAAACUGAAAAAAUCACAUUGAAAAAUGAUUGGGUCGAUGAUGAUUGCAUACUGGUCGCAAGUGAAGAGGAGCAUGGUGAUAAUGAAGAACUUUCUCCAAAAGUAACAUUAACCAGUUGUUUUCAAAAUUUACACACACAAAAAGGAGAUUCGCUAGAGGGUGUAGCUAAACGGGAAUAUGUUAUAAGAAGAUUAAGUGAAUUACACGCAAAGCUAAAGUAAAAUGAUACCUUAAAAAAGCAGUAAAUCAGUAUAUAAUGCAUAUGAGAGAACGAAAACUGCGCUAGAAUGUGAUGCCACUUAAGUAAAAAAAAGACGGUAUGAGAUUAUGUCUGUUGUAUCUGCCUUGAUUUGAUACGCAGCUUCAUGAUGAAGAGUCAACAAAUAACUCGAAUUUAAGUGUGUAAUAUACGAGUAAAAUGGAAAGUUGAUAAAAGGUGGAAAAUAAUCAGGUGCAGCAUAUGAUACGUUUGUACAUAGUUAGUUUGCCAUUUGAAUGUAACUACGUUUAAAUUUAUUUAAUAAGCAGGCAAUUUAACUUUCAACACUUUAAGCAACCAUGUUCGUUGAAGUACAAAUUUGUUUAUGGAAGCCGGUUAAUAGUAUGCGGUGUUUAUUUGCGAUACCUUUGAAUUAGUUGUUUAUUUCUUUUGUUAUAUUUAAUUUAUGCCAAGAUGUACGUAUUCGUAUUUUUCUGAAUUUUGCAAUAAAUUUGAAACAACCAAUAAAAUAAAAUAUUAGUAAUAA